AUGGCCGGCAAAGGAGGGCGAAGCUACCUCAAAGAUCUGCGCAAUCUCUAUGUGAAUAUUGGAGAAUCCACCAGUGAGCAAGCGAGUAUCUCCUCCGUCUGCGGGCGCAGACUUGAAAUCCUUCUCACGCCGAAUGAGGGACCUUACGCGCAUGCGAUGUUCACUCUAGAGAUAGUCGCCUCUGAAAACUAUCCCCGUAAUCAGCCUCAGAUCCGUUUCCUCACACCAAUUUUUCAUCCCAACAUUCAUCCAAAGAAUGGCUACAUUUGCCUCAGCAUACUGGAUGACUGGAACAGCCUCCUCGACGCCAUCAAAGCAGUCCUCUUUCUUCUCUCCAAUCCAAAUUUUGACAGUUCCAAUAACGAGUUCGCCGACCUGCCCUCAGAGUACCAAAACAGAUUCGAUGAGGUGUGCAGACAAUUUCUUGCCGGAUUUCAUGUCAGGGGCGAGGUCUACCCGGCAAAUGAGAAAUGGUGUGAGUGGGCCCGUGCAAACAACUGCUUUCCGGUGCCAAAGUGCGACUACGAUGAAUCGCAACCUUCCACUCAGUCGACUUCGGUGGUAAGUGGCCUCAUUUAUUUGCUUUCUACCUAA